AUGGAUAAAACGGUCAUGAUUGCACUUGGCUAUGUGACAGCACGAGAUACCGUCAAAGAUCCAAUUUACAAGGGCAAAUCGACCAUCGUCAUUACCCUUCAGUCCCAAGAUUACAAUCCCAUAACCAAGAUCCCCGUUACUUGGUACACGAAACAUCAUAUACCGCCCGUUCGCAAUAUGGAAAAAGCUCAAAAUAUCUGUCAAGUGGGCCGCGAAGUACAGUUAGUCGGCAUCAUCAAAGACUAUGACGGAGUCAACUACAUGUGGGAAACUGAGGUCACUGCCAUUAGCAGAUGCCAAGGCGAUGCCCCGAGUCUUGCAACUAAAGUCGUUACGAAACCUGGCACACCCAGCGGCGGACAAGUGCCACUGACAUUGAGACGCAACAGAGCGAGCAAUGCCGCAAGUACAUCGGCGUCCACUCUUGACGCCGGUCCUAGCAGUACUCCAACCGAGCCUCUCAGUCAAGCAGAUAACGUCGACACUGCCAACGAAACUGAGAAAGACAAAACUGAGAAAGACGAAAACAAUCUGCCCAGCGACAGCAUUGUCAAUUCCUCACCACUCAAACGUCAAAGAUGA